GGGAGAGUCUGGAACACAGAGAGCUGCUGAUGGAGAUCCUCCACCAAAGAUAAAGACAUGAAUCCUGAAGGACGGACAGGAACAGCAGCAGGAAUGUUAGAAGACAGCAGGAUCUAUGGAUCAACAAAGGAAAACAGGCUGAAUGUUGAACUGAUGACAAGAUGAACAGGUGAGGACUUUCUCAUUCUGACAUCAGUCUCAGGUUUAGUAAAGAUGUUCCUGCAGCUCUGCAGAUAUUUGAGUUUCAUGUAAAAUGAAGAGAAAUAUUCAGUCAGAGACACAUUCCUGCAGCUUUAAUCAGGAUGGAAAUCCCUGUUGAUUUUGUGGAAGGCUUUUAGCAGGAACUUUGACUUUUCUCCGUAGAGCAGAAAAUAUCCAGAGUGAAAGAGAAAGCAGAAGAAGAAGAAGAAGAAGCAGAGGAAGGAAACCUGCUGCUUUCUGAGAACACAACUAUUCAUGAAUGUGACGGAGAGGAGAUGUCAGCUGGAUAUAAACAGAGCAGAUCAGAUCGGUCCUGCACAGACUUCCAGACCUCCAUCCAGACAGCAGAACAUCCAUCCAGAACCAUGAAGAUCCUGCUGACUCUCUGCCUCCUGAUCUUCCUCUGCUUCCUGUGUUCCAGCUCUGCAGCUCCACUUGGUCCAGGGCUGGUGCCCAUGGGUUUCUGCUGCUCACACAACACCAAUAUGACGAUUCCUAAAGUGAAGGUGAAGAACCUGGAGAUGUCUUCUGGGCACUGCAAACUCAGAUCUGUCAUAGUCAUCACAGAGAGGAAGAAGUUCUGCCUAGAUCCCAACGGGAGCUGGACCCAGGAACUACAGAGAGAGUUUGAGAAAGAGGCCUCCACUGACCUGUGAAUCUGGGUCAGAACCAAGUUUGGUUGCGCAGAAAGAACCGUUUUGAUGUGAGCUGUUUCUAGUGACACACUGGACGUGUCACUUAGUGACUGAUUCACAACUUGAACUCAUAAUUUAUGAUUUUACAGAAACUUUGGGUUGUUUUUCUCCUUGUUUCAGUUUGUCAGCUAGAAAACAUGUUGCUAUGAAGGUUCUCUCUGAGAUCAGAAGUGGAGCUCAUGUUCAGUUCUGGUUUCAUGCAGUUUACACAAUUAAGUUACUCCUUUCACAAUAAAAGCUCUCUUUUUGUA